UGCAUUUCAGCAGUUCCAAUACUAGUCCGAGAGGAAAAGUAGCAGAAGGCACACCGUCAACGUCCUUUAGUCUAGGGUGUACAUACAACAGUUCAGCCUACAUAACCCAAAAGUCGUACCCCAGCACACUUUCACCGGCUAGCUGCUGCUAUUAGACAUACGUCGGUAACGAGAAAAGUUUUCCGAAGCAGCAUAAUUGUUAUGCAGUUUCCAUCCACUCCUUCGGGUUUGGAAGCUUAUUAGUUUUAUUUUUUCUUGCCAAGUGUUGGAUUGUGAAUUUGUGGCAUCCUGGUAACGCCAUCAGCAGAAACAGUAGUGCUUCUGCAGUGAUCGCUGCAAUAAUUUGAAUUCUUGUACAGUUAUUCAUUUUUAACAUUGAAAUUAACGCGAAGCUGUAUUGGAUUUUCUGAAAUAACUGGUGUCGAAUUCUGGACUUUUUGUGCCCUCGCAUCUGGCUACAGUAGCUGAGUACAGCGACAUUCUGGGUGUUUUUGUUGAUUUGAAGUUAAAGUCGCGUAUGACCCACGUUGUUUCUGGUUGCACGAAUAAGUUAAGUACUGCCUGUUUACUCUCGAUCUUCAGUGACAGUCUGCCAUUCACGUUAUACUUGCAAAACAGUGUGCUUUACACCUGUUACAUAUUUUUCAGCAACUGACUAUUUUAGCUGUAAAGUAGCAGAAAUGUGUAGCAUGGAGGCUGUGCACCUGAGGAUUUUUAUUUGGUUUCUGUGUAAGAUAAUGGUAACUGGCUUCAGCCUGGAGAUUGGAUCCUAUGACAUUGAAAGAGGUAAGGAGGCUAAAUGUGAGCCUAUUGAAAUACCUAUGUGCCAAGGUAUUGGUUAUAACAUGACACGAAUGCCAAAUUACAUGGGCCAUGAGAACCAAAAGGAAGCUGCAAUCAAACUUCACGAGUUUGCUCCUUUGGUGGAGUAUGGUUGCCACGUUCAUCUGAAGUUUUUUCUUUGCUCCCUGUAUGCUCCAAUGUGUACUGACCAAGUCUCUACCUCCAUACCAGCCUGCAAGCCCAUGUGUGAACAAGCAAGGCAAAAAUGUGCCCCAAUCAUGGAGCAUUUUAAUUUUGGUUGGCCAGAAUCCUUGAACUGUAGUAAGUUGCCUACAAAGAAUGAUCCAAAUGCCCUCUGCAUGGAAGCACCUGAAAAUGCCACCACGGGGGAGACCCACAAGGGUAUGGGCAUGUUACCUGUUGCUCCAAGACCAAGACCCCCAGGUACAGAAGGGGGAAGGACUCCAGGUGUUACUGGUACUUGUGAGAACCCUGAAAAAUUUCAGUAUGUGGAGAAAAGUCUGUCUUGUGCACCAAAGUGUGCUCCAGGAGUUGAUGUUUACUGGUCUCGAGAAGACAAGGAUUUUGCUUUUAUUUGGAUGGCGGUAUGGUCUACUUUCUGCUUUGUGUCCACUGCCUUUACAGUCCUCAGUUUUCUGCUGGAUCCUCACAGGUUCCAGUACCCGGAACGUCCAAUUAUCUUUUUAUCUAUGUGCUAUAGUGUCUAUUCCAUUGCGUUUAUUAUCCGCUCUGUUGCUGGAGCCGAGAACAUAGCUUGUGACAGAGAGAAUGGGGAGCUCUAUGUUAUACAGGAGGGCUUAGAAAGUACUGGCUGCACCAUUGUUUUCCUUAUUUUGUAUUACUUUGGCAUGGCCAGCUCUCUUUGGUGGGUUAUCCUGACUUUAACCUGGUUUCUUGCUGCAGGAAAGAAAUGGGGACAUGAAGCUAUAGAAGCCCACAGCAGUUACUUCCACAUGGCUGCAUGGGGAAUCCCUGCGAUGAAGACUAUAAUCAUUCUUACAAUGAGGAAGGUAGCAGGUGAUGAGCUCACAGGACUAUGUUAUGUUGGCAGCAUGGAUGUUAAUGCUUUGACAGGCUUUGUUCUGAUCCCACUUUCCUGUUACCUUGUCAUUGGCACAUCGUUCAUUCUGACUGGAUUUGUAGCCUUGUUUCACAUUCGGAAGAUUAUGAAAACAGGUGGCACCAACACUGAAAAACUGGAGAAGUUGAUGGUAAAAAUUGGUGUCUUUUCCAUUCUAUAUACAGUCCCAGCAACCUGUGUCAUAAUUUGUUAUUUUUAUGAGAGACUUAAUAUGGAGUACUGGAAGUUCAGGGCAUAUCAGCAUGGCUGUUUGUCUUUUCCAGGAAAAAGGAAUGCAGACUGCACUUUGGAGGCCUCCAUACCAACAGUAGCAAUUUUUAUGCUAAAGAUUUUUAUGUCUCUGGUGGUGGGUAUCACCAGUGGCAUAUGGGUGUGGAGCUCCAAGACUUUUCAGACCUGGCAGAGUCUUUGCAAUAGGAAGCUUGGAGUGAGGACUAGAAGUAAGCCCUGCAGUGGCGUUAUGUGCACUGGUGCUCACUGUCACUACAAAGCGCCUACAGUCAUGCUGCAUAUGGCAAAAACAGACCCAUAUUUGGACAACCCCACACAUGUCUAAUUGUUUUACCUUCUGGCAAGAUACUGAACAAUUAAUUAGCCUUCUGUUUAUAAGGCCCUAACUGGAUGAAUAAACCACCACUUCACUGGGCAGUGGUGUUCACACUUCACAGUCCAGCCUGGGACAGAACUUGCAAUGUUUAGUGCAAAAGAUACAGACACAAAACAAAACAUUGAAGUCCCAGUCAGCCCAGUGUACUGAACCAGAAAGGCAUCAUAUUCACACACUGUUCUUUUUAAGAAGACCUUUCCAGUGUCUGGUUUUCGGUUUGCAUGUCAUACAGACAGACAGAUUUUAGACUGCUGUUUUUUAAAGGCUCAUCAUUAGACAUAUUGUAACAAAUGAAUCUGCCAUUAUUUUCUCAAUUUACCAAUGACUUUAAAAAGAAAAAAGGCAUUGCACAAGACUUUCUGUAAUUAAUAAGAGUACUUUUUAUUUAAUUUUUAAAAGUAUAAUUUAUUAUUUUCAAUGCAUUAAAGCAUAUGCAGACAUAUUAAAACAUCAUUUUAAGAACGUUAUUGUUUUGGAACCAAGCUCAAAGAAUGUAUUUUUUUUUAAAUUAUAGUUAAACUUUAUUGUGUGUGUAUGUGGGUGUGUGUGUGUGUGUGUGUGUCUGUGCACAUGUGUGUGUAUGUUUGUGUGCCCAUGCAUGUCUAUGCAUGCAUAUGCAUGCAUGUUGUGGUGGGGGAAAUCAUUGUUUGUCUUUGACUGGCAACAGUUGGUCUUCACAAAGGUUUUGAUUUACACCAUGUGUGUGACUGGGGGUGGGGGGUCAUCAAAGAAAAAUUGAUUGUUCAGACUUUGUUUAAUCGCUUUUUAAUUUUGUUUGUUUAGCAUAUCAGGAGGGUUUAUUGUUACUGGAUCCAUUGCAGUUUUUUAACUAAAAAUAAUAAAAAGUCACAGUGGCUUAAACUAAUAUGUAAAUGUUUUUGAAGUUGUUGGCCAAGCCAUAAAUAAAUCACUGUAUUAAACAAUA